GCGAGUCGUGGCUCAUGUCGCUCGCUUUACGAAGAGUGGGGACUCCAUUUCUCUCUCUAAACCCUUUUUUCGCUUGUUUCUCUCUCUAGAGCCAUGGUGGUCACCCGGACAAUUCCUCAUUAUUCUCCUACUAAAACCGAUGCUUGAUUCCACUUUCUCUCUCUAAAGCCUUUUUUUCGCUGUGUUUCUCUCUCUAACCCAUGGUGGCCAUCCGGACAAUUCUGCGUUUUCUCUCACUAAACUGGAUGCUUAAUUCCUUAACAAGUGCAUUUUCUCUCACUAAGAGACAGACCCACCACAUGGGUACUUGAGAGAAGGGAAUAGAAUUUCCAUUAGAAGAGGGGAGAAGCAUCACGAAGAGAUGAAUCCAGUUUCAGGUCAUGGCGAAGGGGAAGCUCUAAGCUGCAAUUUGUUCUUUGAUCGAGUUGGGGAGGUCUCUGCCACCCUAAAUUCAGAUGGGUUUUCAUGGAAAUUACCAGAAUCCAAUAAUGAACUAGAAGUAUGUCUAUCUUCUUGUUUGCAGGUGAAGCUAUCUUCCAAAUUCCAAAAAGAGAUCACAUUUCCAGAGAUAUAUGCUGCAGAGCUCAUGAACUGGGGUUUGAUUCACAAUUCAAUGCUUCCAUCUGCUGGAGGCUUCCUUUUGGGGAGCAAUUCAGAGAUGUUUCGUUUUGUGGUGCAUUGGUAUAAAAAAUCCAAGACAAAGCCUUCUCUUUGGGUUCAAAUGGCCUAUACUUUUGGUCACAAGGAUUUAGGGACUUGUGAGACUUGGGUAAACCGAAUUCAUUGUUAUCUAAACUCAGAUAUUCAGAGGCCUAAAGGCCUUCUGGUUUUUGUCCAUCCAACAAGUGGAAAACGUAAUGGUUGCAGGACUUGGGAAUCUGUUGCUUCUAUUUUUGGCCGUGCUAGAGUGAGAACUAGGCUGAUAGUGACACAAAGGGCAGGACAUGCUUUUGAUGUGAUGAAGUCCAUCUCAGAUAGGGAGCUUAUUUCCUAUGAUGGUGUUGUUGCUGUAGGAGGGGAUGGCUUCUUCAAUGAAAUUUUGAAUGGGCUUCUCUCUUCAAGGCACAAGGCUCCUUACCCACCUUCACCUGCAGAAGUUCUUCAUUCUCUCGACAAUGGUAGCAACCGAUGUCCUGUAAAGAGGGAAUUUUUCAUCAAUGGGCAUACUGGUGACUAUGCCUAUGUAUCCGAGGACCAUACACCUGACCAUGCUCUACUUCAUCACAAUGAGGACUCUGAUCCUCUUCUUCAUUCCUCAGAUGCCAUUAGACCAAACUCGGUAGAUUUUGAUCGGGAUAAUAUGUUUUCUUUCCCGAACCCAUGGUUUAGAUUCGGAAUUAUUCCUUCUGGUUCUACUGAUGCCAUUGUGAUCAGUACGACUGGAACUCGGGAUCCAAUAACAUCUGCUCUGCAAAUUGUCCUUGGCAAACGGAAGUGUCUUGAUAUUGCUCAAGUUGUUAGGUGGAAAGCCAGUGCAUCAUCCAAGGAGGAGCCUUCCGUACACUAUGCAGCUUCUUUUGCAGGCUACGGAUUUUAUGGAGAUGUCGUUAAGGAGAGCGAAAAAUGCCGUUGGAUGGGUCCUGCUCGUUAUGAUUAUGCGGGGACAAAAGUGUUUAUGAAGAACAGGUCAUAUCAAGCUGAGGUGGCCUUUUUGGAUGUACAAGAAUCAAGAGUAUUCCCCGGGCCCAAUUGCAUCCAAGAUAGUGGAGAAGGGAUUAAUCUAUCAAAAAAUCCAAAGUUAAUUUGCCAAGUGAACUGUCCCAUUUGCAUUGAUGCUAGGCCUCCUCCACAAGUGCCAUCUAUACAUAGUUCUUUUAAGUUAUCCUCCCAUCAUGGAGAGAACUCGAGAUGGUUAAGAUCAAAGGGCCGCUUUAUAAGUGUGGGGGCAGCUAUUAUCUCAUGCCGUAAUGAACGAGCACCGGAUGGGGUAGUGGUAGAUGCUCACCUCGCCGAUGGUUUCUUGCAUCUCAUACUUAUCAAGGACUGUCCCCGUCCUUUAUAUUUGUGGCACCUUAUACAUCUUGCAAGGAAGGGUGCUGAUCCGUUGGAUUUUGAUUUUGUAGAACAUCAUAAGACAACUGCAUUUACUUUUAUUUCUUCUGGUGAGGAAAGUGUGUGGAACUUGGAUGGUGAGCUCUUCCAAGCACAUCAGCUCUCUGCCCAAGUAUUCAGAGGUUUAAUAAGUCUUUUUGCAUCUGGACCUGACGUUUAAAGUUGUAUUUAUAGAGAAUUUAUAAAUUUGGGCAGCUGAUCAGGCCUUGUAUGCAAAAUUUUGGUAACUUCUGUUUCUGAGUAUAGAAAAAUAAAAUGGAUCCACCAUUUUAGAGAGAGAUAGAUCCUCCAUUUCAGAGUAAAAUUGAUAUGCUAUUUUACAUA